AUGGACUGGGGGCAGAGUGAGCUGCUGUCUCCUGUGGUUCGAGAUGAUGAAGUCACAGUUGCAGCCCGCAGGAGGAGCAAAAAGGUCGCCUUCCCGUCACCUGGCACUGGCAGUCCAGCUGUUUCUCAGGUGACACCAGCUCGCCCCCUGCUGAGGAACACUCCUGCUUCACUCUUCAGACAGGCUGUGACGCCAAAAGCUCCAGAUGUUUCCUCCAUUUUGGCUCCAGGCAUUCGAACACCUCGAUAUACUCACACACCCAGAAACGCAGCUGGAAGUCUGAAUUUGGAUGACAGCGAUUGGACCAACAGCUUGUACACCUCACCUGUGUCGGGAUUGGACAACACCAGCUUCUUCACUUAUGACAUCACCAACCUCAGCAGUGCGCUGCUGAAGGAGGACGACCCUGGAGAGGCUGCGGCCGCCAGUCUUUUCCCAGAGUUCCUUGCGUCCUUCGUGAAGCACUCUUCUUCUGCUGUGUUUGAUCUUCUGGAGGACUUUCAGACGCUCUGUCAGGACAAGGUGGACAUGCUGCAGUCUGUGGUCCUUCGCGCGGGUCAGAACAGUAAGACAGCGGGAGUGCGCUGGCUGCUGCAGCAGGAGAGCUGCACCUGGAGACUCAUUGCUUCACUCUACAGGGAUCGGGUCCAGUUGGCACUGGAAGAAGACAUGAUGACGGACCUAAUUGUUCCCAGUGAGAGUGAGAAGGUUGUGGUGGAGCAGCUGUUUCAGCACGACGCCGUUAUUCGACAGAGUCAGCUGGUUGUUGAUUGGCUGGAGAGCAUCGCCAAGGAUGAGGUUGGAGAAUUCUCUGACAAUAUAGAAUACUACGCUAAGAACGUCUGCUGGGAGAAUACCCUCCAUGCGCUCAAGCUGAGGAGGAAAAGUGGCACCGCCUUCACUAUUCCUCUGGUCACUGAACUGGACCCUGAUGCUCCUUUUCGACAGCAGCGUCCCCUAGCUGACCUGGACAGAGAAGAUGACGCCAGGUUGCUGAAGAACCUCUUCACGCUGAUCAGAGCAGGAAUGACUGAGGAGGCUCAGAGGUUGUGUAAGCGUUGUGGUCAAGCCUGGAGAGCAGCAACUCUGGAAGGGUGGAAACUCUACCAUGACCCCAACCUGACCUCAGGUAGUUUAGAGUUAGAGCCUGUUGAAGGAAACCCUCACAGAGGAAUCUGGAAAGCGUGCUGCUGGAGGAUGGCUGAGGAGGAGCAGUUAAACCGAUAUGAACGAGCCAUCUACGCCAGCCUGAGUGGAAACCUGAAACCGAUGCUGGUGGUGUGCGAGUCCUGGGAGGACUGUGUCUGGGCGUACUUCAGGGUGAUGGUUGACUCACUGGUGGAAAAGGAGCUGAUGUCAUCAGGCAUGGCUCAUCAGGAAGUGGAGACGCUGCCGCGAGAAUACCUGGAGGCCAACUGGACCAUGGAGAAGGUGUUUGAGGAGCUUCAGGCCACAGAGUCAAAGAGAGUUCUGGAGGAGAGCCGAGAGCAUUACCACACCAUCCAGAAGUUUAUCAUCUUAGGAGACCUGGACGGGCUGCUGGAGGAGUUCUCUGAAUGGCUGAUGGCCUCUAAGCCCCUCCCCUCCCACCUGCUGCGGUUCAUGGCUCACCUGCUGCUGUUUUUCCGCUCUCUGGGUCUGGCACUAAAGGAGGACGUGUGUGUGGAUGUGCUGAAAGCGUACGUUUCACUGCUGAUUCGGGAUCAGCAGACCGACCUCGUGGCGAGCUACGUCAGCCAGCUCCCGAACGAACUAGCCACCGCUCAGUACAGCACCUUCUUAGAAACCAUCAACCAGCCAGAGCUCCGCCCCCACUGUCUGCAGCUCGCCACCGAAGCCGGUCUGGAUGUCGCGGCUGUAACGAAGCUGGUGGUUGAGACGGUGAGAGAGCAAGAUGACAUGGAGUUCACCAAUCACAACCAAAUCCUGGAGACGGGAACUACAAAGGAGGAUCAGAGGAAGAUCGACGUGAUCGAUUGGCUGCUGUUCGACCCUGCCCACCGAGCUGAAGCGCUGAAGCAGUCCAACGCCAUCAUGAGGAAGUUUCUGGCUGUGCAGAAGCAUGACGCAGCCAAGGCCAUGUUCUCCAAAGUGCCCGAGGAUUCUAUGAGGGAGAUCUACUGCCAGUGGGCGGGGCUCGGACAGGUCACGCCUCUGCCUGCUGAAGACGAGAAUGCCAUCCGGGAACACCUGUGUAUCAGAGCCUACCUGGAAGCUCAUGAGGCCUUCACUGAUUGGUUCAGCCACAGUAGUUCAGCCCCCCAGAAGCCAGUGCCCACCUCUGAGGCCAAAUUCACAGAAAGAGUAGCCAAUGAGAUGAGAGAGAAGGAGUACCAGGCCUUGCUGUCAGCCUGGUCCAGUCGUCUGGAUGUUCUGACUGAAGAUGUGAAGGAAAGGAUCUAUAACGUGCUGCUGUUUGUGGAUGGAGGCUGGAUGGUCGACAACAGACAGGAUUCAGAGCAGGAUUCGGCGCGCAGCCACCAGAUGGCAGCACUGCGCUCCUUGUGUCUGCCUCGCCUGUGCUUCUUGCUACUCAGCGUCUUGCAGAACUCCUCCAGACACCAGGAGGCGCUGCGACUCGCAGACAUCGUUUCGUCUGACCAGCACCGUCUCUACCAGGUUUUCUCUAAGGAGGAGCUGAGGAGGUUUCUUCAGAAGCUGAGGGAGUCGUCGCUCUCUCUGUUGGACCAAGGACUCGACCCGCUGGGCUACGAGUUGCAGCCAUGAACACACACACACUCAUUCAACUUGUAUCAUUUUUUUUGUUUUUUCCCUUUGUUUAAUAAAAAGUGUUUGUGGAUGA